AUGGCCGAGGGGAGCGGGGCGCUGAGGCGGGCCACGGAGGCGCUGGAGCUGCUGCUGGGCAGAACCGGAGCCGCGGGAACAGCUUCUGGCUCCCUGCAGGCUACCCAGAGUGCCGCACUGCUGGAAUCCCUGAGCUCCCGUCUGGCUGCUUUGGAGGAGAAGUUCAGCCAGGACCCUCACUGGGGUGAGCUGCGCAGACUGAGAGCGGAGAUCGGCAAGGAUGUGGGGUGGGCUGCCCCUUGCCCGGAUCCACCCUGGAGUUUCACUGCCCAAGUCUUGCUCCUACUGCUGUGUCUGAAGCGCUGCAUGACUCUCUUAGCGGCUGGCUACUGCCCACCUCCGCCAGGCUCCAAGGUGGCUGAAGCGGCCCCCCCGCUGAGCCCCGACACCCUCAGCAUCUCUCAGGAGAAAACUGUGCGGGCAGCACUGCAGCUGGUGGCCACCCUGGGCCUUUGCCCGUAUCUUUUGCCAGGUGUUGGGCUUCCCUUGAGACACAGGACAGAGUUCAGCACGCUGGUUCAACAUGUGGUCUCACCGGGCAGCACUUCUGGUGCCACACGCAGGCUACAUGCCACUUGCACCGCCCUGCUAGAGAUCGCACAGCACCCGUCUCUGGGCAGCAUCCUUCUCACACGCCAUCUUGGUGAUCUCCUGGCGGGGCUGUGCCAGCUGGCCUUCGGUCCUACCAAGAGAAAGGGCGACCAAGCAAAGCUGCAGGAGGACUGGACGGGCCUGACAGAAGAGGAGCGAACCUGCUGCAGAGAGGCGUUGCGGGGCCUUUUGGACCGGGUUUACCAGCCCCUGGUGGUUCGAGAGCUGCUGAUUCUUCAAGGAGGAUCCAAACAGGCCUCUUAUUCCAGUGGGCGUGAGGGUGAGCAUCGCCUGGCUCCGGCUCCAGCCUGGCUCCGACGUCUCUGCGGGCAGCUGCUCUCCGAGAGGCUGAUAAGGCCUGGGGGGGUUCAGGCUGUGAUCCGUGGCAUCCUGGAGGGAGCAGGAGCUGGGGCAGUGGGGGGCAGAGAUGCCGAAGCAGCGGCAGCUGACUGGCGGAAGUGUGACUCAGUCGCCAGGAUCCUGUCUUCUUGUCCUCAGCAGUCCCUGUCUUUGGAAGAUUACUACCGGCAAGUGUGUCCCCAGAUUCUGCAGCUGCUUCUCAUUCAGGAUCAGCUCAUCGCACGGCAGUUCCAGAGAGUUGCUGUCACAACGGCGCUCACCAUGGCCAGAGAACACCCGCAGCAGGCCGAGAAGUAUCUGCUGACCCCUCUGCUGGAACCGCUCCUGCGCUGCUUGGAAGGGGCAGAGCUGCCUCUGGAAGACCUACCAGCAGGGGCUGUGCUGGUGAAGGAGGAAGAGCUCACCGGGUGUGUGGAAAACGUCUUUAAGGUGUAUCUUGCUGAUCACGAGCCUUCGGCCAUGUUGCUGGGCUCCUUGCAGCCAGCACUAGGAGCCAUCUUCUCCCUCUGCUGCUUCACCAAGCAAAAUGUGUCUUUCUUACGCGCCCCGUGCCAGGAGAUCCUGCGGUGGUUCUUGGAGAAGCACAAGCGAGAGGCAGCGCUGUCCUUUCUGGAAGGCCUGGCGAGGCUGGGAGGGGGCAUCCGCUUUCUCCACCCGCUUUGCCAGUUUCGAGCCGCCAGCGAAGGGGGUGCUGUGAUCGCCGUCAGAGAGGCUGUCGGGGAUGAUGAGGAAGAAGAGCUCUAUCAGAAGGUUUCCUCGGAACAGUGGCAGCUGGAACAGCUGGUGGACUUGUUGUCUCUCUGCCAAGGCAGCGGCCUGGCUGGGGACCUCUUCCUCCAUUGCUUGAAGGAGUUGACGCAUGUGGCAGGGCAAGGGGGUCCCAAGAUGGAGUCUGUCUUGCCCUCUGACAAGAGUUCUCUGAACCUGGAGCAGUGCUGCAACCCUUCCCUCGAACCCCAAGAGAGAGAGCUGUGCGUGCUGCGCUUGGUGGCCAUGUUGUGUGAGACCAUCUCAGAUGCGCUGUUCACGGACAUUUCACAGGUUGUGGAGUUUGUUGCAGCAACCCUGCAGCGGGCCUGUGUGAGCGGAGGCGUGGUGGAGGCCCAGACGCUGAGCAUGGCCAUGGGACUAGUGGCUGCCAUCCUUGGAGGGGCUGUGCAGUUGAAAUCGGCUGACUUUGCGGCCUUGAAGCAGCUGGUGCCUCUGCUGGAGGAGGUCUCCCGUGUGCACCCGGAGCCCGUCAUCCAGGAACUGGCCGCCGACCUGCGCAUUACCAUCUGCACCCAUGGAGCCUUUUCCCCUGAGAGUGUCUGCUUGGCGGCUCGGAGCUCUCUGGGCAAGAGAGAGGCGAGGGAGGCAGCAGCUGAUGUGGGCCCUGCAGAGAGACCCCAAGGCAAGGCGCCGGAGCCCACCGGGACUCUGUCCCAGACGCACCCAGAGGAGCGCAACGCAGCCACUGGCCCUGCUGCCACAGCUUCUGGAAAGCUGGACAGUCUCCCAGGCGCCCAGGCCCUGCGGGAGCUCCUCUUGGCAGUUUAUGACUCGGACAUUCCAUCACGAGCCGCUGCCUUGCGCAGCCUUUCUCACUUGAUCGAGCAGAGGGACCCCGAGGUGCUGAAGAUCCGGGACAAGCUGCUCAAGGUAUUUCUGGAAAGCUUGGACCACGAAGACUCCUUUGUCUAUCUUUCGGCUAUCCAAGGUGUUGCCCUGCUGUCGGACGCUUUCCCUGAAGAGGUUCUGCCCUCCCUGCUGGCCCGGUAUGAGGGCAGCCCCCAAGGCACAAGGGAAGCAUGGCCAGUGGAGACCAGGAUGAAAGUCGGGGAGGCGCUCAUGCGCAGCACACGGGCUCUGGGAGACUUGGUUUUCUCCUAUCGAGAUCGUUUGGUUCACGUUUUCCUGCGAGGAGCCAGAGAUCCUGAUGUCUCCCUCCGAGCCAGCAGCCUGUCCAACCUAGGAGAGCUGUGCCAGAUCCUUCGCUUUCAGCUGGGCUCUGUGAUCCAUGAGGUGACCUUGUGUUUGGCAGCCAUCGUGAAGUGCGACCGCCAGGCAGAAGUGCGGAGAGCAGCAGUCCAUGUGGUGGUGCUUCUGCUGCGUGGGCUCGGUGAGAGCGCCACAGAGGUGCUCCGGGACGUUCUGCUGGAGCUGUACCGCCUGCUGAAGUUUGUGGCGCGGGGUGAGCGAGACGAGGUCACCGUGCUGCAGGCGCAGCUGGCGCUGGAGGAGCUGGACGCCAUCGUCAGGCGGUUCCUGUUUCCCCCUCAGUCCCUGGAGAAAAAGAUUGUGGUUCUGCCCUAGGGAGGAGAGUGGGGAGGCUAGGAGCCCUUCUGGUCACCACCUUGGCCCCCGACUCGGCCAAGGGCUGCAGGCUGAGGCUCCCGUGGGGAGGGGGAGGGCUGGCGGCCCUGGGUUGAAGAGGGCAACGGAGAGGCUGCUUCUGGGGUGCAGCAAUAAAGGUGGAAAACUUC